UUAGCAAACAAGUUAUCACACCAAAGCCGUCUCAAAAAAAAGUUAUCACACCAAAAAUGCAUCAGCGUCCUGCUAAUGCAGCAAAGAUGAUCACUCCAGAUAUUGUAGCUUCAAAAGUAGACACAGGAGGCUGGAUGCCAGUAAAAAGAGAAAGAGGAGCUUUUUCUGAUAGAAUAUCUGAGAAGGUUCAAAAGCAAAAUCAACCAAAAGUGGAGAAGGGUAUAAUGGGAGGAAGAAACUGUGCAAUUGUCAUUGAAUCUGACGAGGAGACUGAUAGAAGUUUUUCCUGCUUUGAAGUAAACACAGUAGCAGCGAAGGGGGAAGGGAACAACAAAUCAGAAAUUACAAAUGAGGCAAGUCAAGUCAGCCAAAUGGAGGGAGCUGAGUUGGUUACAACAGAUACACAGGUAGCAGUGAGGAGGAGUGCAAGAAAGAGACUCCCUAACCGAAUGAUGGAUAAUUUUAUGUGCAAAGGGUAUAAGAAAAAGAAUCAUAGAGUUAAGGACCUGUUCGGAAAUUUGACCAAGGAAGAAGAGGAAGAAACCAAGAGAAUUUUGCAGAAUGCGAGACGCAAGAGGAAGCGUCGUAAUUCUAUGAUAACCAUUCUAUGAAGCUCCCUCAACUCGCGGAGCCUCAGACACAUGCAAACCACCGCGCCAAGCUGCCUGCAACUUCUUUCAUUCAAAAGCUUUCAGUUGUAUUUUAAGUUUAUCAGUUAUCUGAUAAUAUCACCCCCACAUUCCUCAAAAAUCCCAAAUUCAAACACAGUUGAAACUUGAAAGCAAAGAGGAAAAAGAAAAUCAAAGUAUAUUUUAUUUUAACUUUUCAAAAAAACUUAAAUCCCCACUGCUGUGUUUUGGGGACUGCAAGUGUAUGUAUAAGCUCAGUAGCUUGCUAAUUUGCCUAUAUAGUUCAUAGAAAAUCUUCUUACUCAUUAAGACAAUGGCAUCAACUGCUUUGUAACUAUGUCUUCGGAUCUCAAAAUGAU